AACAGUUUAUGAACGGACAGUUCGAGAGGAGCCAGUAUCUCACAGUCACCAUGUGGCUGUCCACACUUAUGGUACUCUGGCUGCUGAACAGCCGGUGCAAUGGUGAUGACUCAUGUCCCGAAGUGAAAGUUAUUGGAGUCGGUGACUCGGACAGGUUGACUAUACUCAGAGGAUGUCCGGGUGUCCCAGGAUCACAUGGUCCAAAAGGGGAUGUUGGACCACCAGGAGAGAAAGGGCAAGGAGGAUCUCCUGGAAAGGCUGGACCUCAAGGGCAAAAAGGAGAACCUGGAGAUAGAGAAAUAUGGGGGGGAACUGCUGCCAUGGACUGUGGGGACUUAUUGGAUCAUGGUGUGGUGCUCAGUGACUGGUACACUAUAUACCCAGAUGGUAAAACUCCUCUGAAGGUGCUUUGUGAUAUGCACACUGAUGGAGGAGGCUGGAUAGUUUUCCAGAGACGUUUGGAUGGAUCAAUGGAUUUUUUCCAUGACUGGAAAACGUAUAAGACUGGAUUUGGCAGUCGCCUGAAUGAGUUUUGGUUGGGAAACGAAAAUCUUCACAUGUUAACCUCAUCAGCAGUGGCAAGGGAGCUGCGUAUUGAUCUGCUGGACUUUGAGAGCACCAAAUAUUAUGCCAAAUACUCAUCUUUUAAAAUUCUGGAAGAGUCUGAGAAUUACACGUUAUUGCUUGGAGGUUUCGUUAACGGUAAUGCAGGAGAUUCUCUGACAUAUCAUAAUAAUAUGAAGUUCUCAACCAAAGACCAAGAUAAUGAUGUACUUCCAGGAAACUGUGCUGAAAUUUUGAAUGCAGGCUGGUGGUAUCGUGAUUGUUACAAUUCAAAUCUAAAUGGCCUGUACCUGUCAGGGCAGCACGAGGCCACAAAACAUGGGAUUAGCUGGAGAUCUGCCAAAGGCUUGAAUUACUCCUUCAAAUUUGUUGAAAUGAAAUUGAGAUAAUAAAAUUGGAAAUUAGUUCUGAUGAAUGCACCAGGCCGGGUUAAUACUACCGAAACUCUCUUUACGAUCUCUUGUCUUUGCACCAAAGUGGAAGAGAGAAUAAAUACAUGAUGAUAAAACAUAUAUUAUUUGAAAUUAAUGGAACACUAUAGGGUCAGGAACACAAACAUGUAUUCCUGACCCUAUAGGGUUAAAACCACCAUCUAGCCCCCCUGAUCCCUUCAUGCCUCCCUAAAAAUUGCAAAAUCUCACUUGUAUUCAAGUCUGGAGUUGCUAGCUCUGGCUCUGUUUCCUUUAGACCUGCCCACUGCCUGCUGACAUCAGCAGAAGUGGUAGCCUGAUCCAAUCACAAUGCUUCCCCAUAGGAUUGGAUGAGACUGAUAAAGAGGCAGAUCAGGGGCAGAGCCAGCGUGAUUCAAACAGCCCUGGCCAAUCAGCAUCUCCUCACAGAGAUGAAUUGAACCAAUGAAUCUCUAUGAGUAAAGUUCUGUGUCUGCAUGCAGAGGGAGGAGUGAAUGUUUGGAUGCAUUUUAGGCAGUCAUGACCCAGGAAGGAUCUCUAACAGCCAUCUGAGGAGUGGCCAGUGAAGUUAUCACUAGGCUGUAAUGUAAACACUGCAUUUACUCUGAAAAGACAGUGUUUACAGCAAAAAGCCUGAAGGGAAUGAUUCUACUCACCAGAACAAAUACAAUAAGCUGUAGUUGUUCUGGUGACUAUAGUGUCCCUUUAACACUUCUAAAUAGUCUGAAGGUAUUAUAAACUAAUGGUGGAGGUUUUUUAAGGAAAGUCUACAGAAAGCAAAGAUUGCGUUAUUUUUCCAACCUAUACUUCAAUGUUCUGUCUCUUUCCAUGGGAGUUCUCCAACUUCAGCUUUGUCUUACGUCUGUAGUGUAUUCGUGUUUGUUAAUGUUCCUGCAUUUACCAGGAUUGCAAACCUAAAUUCACCUUGGAAACCACCCCAUUGCAUAUGCACAGACAGUUCUCCACCACCACUUUCUUAAUAUUCAUUCAAAGUGCCAAAACACACACCACUUUUUAUUCUUACAUUUAACUUUUCUUUACCAAUUACCACAAUACAUGACUCUUUAUCUAAUGCAACUGGAUUUUAUUGUAAUAUAAUUUUGUAAAAGUAUGUUGAAAAGCUAAUCCAGACAUGGAACCCUUGCUCAUUGUACUUAAAAGAUAAUCAUACACAUGUCACUGAUGAAAAAAAAACACCCUAUGACUGAAAGUUCAACUGUAUAAUUGUGGAAAGCAAACAGUGAAAGGGUCAAAAUUUAAUUUUCCCCUUAUUAUUUCAAACGCUUUAGAUAGGACUCCUCCAGGUCCUCAAAACAUUUACAAAAAUACAAAAUGUCUACAGAAAGAUAAAAAUAGAACUCAUAGAGUAUUAAUAUUCAUACACCAUAAAUAUAAAAAUGGUCAUUCAUGCACAUUAGUGCUGCAAACAUUCAUUUGAUUGUAGGCGUAUCAUAGUAAAAAAUUAGAUGUCUCCAACAGAAUAGACAGGCAUGUGGGAGAAAAAAGAAAUACAAAAUAGUACAAAAUUCUUAUUAUUAUUAUUGCGCUUUAAUUUACGUGCCACUUACAGGAUCUUAAGAAGUAAUAGAUUAAUCAAAUCAUACAGAUGUCAUCCCAAAUUAAUGAAGAUGACUGUUCUCUGCUAAAAUUAAGUGGACGACUAUCCCAACGCGUUUCGUUCGGUAUCUAUCCGAACUUCAUCAAUAGAACUUUUUACUUUUACCCCUAAGGAAGUUCGGAUGGAUACCAAACGAAACGCGUAGGGUUGGGCAAUAUAAGGGAGUCUUAUUAUAUUUGUUUUGUCAUUUUUUAUUGUUUGUUUUUACUGAAUAAAUAUGUAUAACCACCAAAAGGAGUAAGAAGUGGCCGUCCACUUAAUUUUAGCAGAAAACAGCCAUCUUCAUUGUUGAAGUUUGGGAACACCUGAUCAUUUUUCAUAUCUAUUACAUGGUGUCAGAAGGACUGUUGUAAGUAUAGCUUGUUUAAAAAUGCUUGGUAAGUGUCUAUACUUUAGGUACUUGUAUUUAAUACAUGUAUGUAUUUACUUGUAUGAAUUUAAAACCACAUUUUAAUCUGUAUCUCAGUCCCACAUUUAUAAUUGCCAUUUGCAAUAUUUGUUAAAAUGAGUGGACAACUCUUAUCAAAUAUGUCCUUCUUGUUUUUUGUUAUU